UGAUUAUGUUGAUGUAGGUGUACCGUGUAGGUCUUAUAACUACGUCAACCAUAGCUUUGUUCAGUUCAAGCCCAAUCCUAUAAAGAAAAUACAGGUGGUUGGGAUAAAAGAAUAUGAGUGAAAAGAAACCAUCAACUAUGGAUGCUGUAAACAAAAGAUUAGAUGAAGUUUUGGUUGAAUUUUUCGAAUGCGUUGGAGAACUUUACCAGGAACAAGCAGAUCUAGAAAAUAUAAUGAAAAGUGGAUUCUUGAUGAUGUCGAGGGCUAGAUACAAUAUGGGGGCCAAGUCUGUCGGUGUUUCACAGUACGAUGAAAAUAAUAUGAAAGCUUCCAAAGUGGUCUUGGUUACAGAAAAAGAUGAUGAUGAUGAUGAUGAUGAUGACUGUGUCGACAAGAUGUUUGAAUUAGUAAACGCAAACAGUUGUUUGGAUGAGAGUUUGAAAGAUCCAGUUUCUGAAGGUUUGAGACAGCGUAAAAGUGGAGGGAAAGACAAUGUGGAAACUAUUGGGUCAGAAAAUGUAGAACAAUUAACUCAAAAAAAUUCAAACAAUACCAAAAAUUACAAAGACCCAAUUAAAUGGUUUGGUGUUUUAGUACCACAAAGUUUACGUCAGAGUCAGGCUUAUUUUAAACAAGCUACAGACAGUGUAAUAAAAGUGUCAAAUCUAAAAUCCAAAGUAAUACAUCUUAAAGAACAAUACAAAACUCUACAGAAAGAAAAACAAUUAAUAACAACUCAAUGAAAGGACAAGAUUAGAAGUACAAAUGUAGUACUUGAAUAUCAGAAUUUGGACAAAAUAGAAAAACAAUUUGAUGAAUAUAUAUCUAUAUCAUGUAUAUGAAAGCUGGGAAAAUACCAAAAAUGUAUAUCAAAAUUAUUUUAUAGUUGAUAGAUUCUGAAAAUUAGAACUUUGACAAUAUUGAGAAAAAUUUGAUGAAUAAAAGCUUGGAAGUUUUGAUUCUGAAUAUUAGAAUUUGGAAAAAAAUUAAGACACAAUUUGAGAAAUAAAAGCUGCACAUAUAUAUAGAUAUACACUGUAUUUAUGACAAUGUAUGAGAAAAUUGAGUAGUCAUGUAUUAGAUUUAUGUAUUCAAGAAAUUAAUUAUACUCAGUAUGUUGUUAACAUGAAGCAAAAAAGAUACCAGUAUUGCUUUUCCUCUAGAGAUAUUCAUUUAUAUAGAUAUAUUUCAAAGUUUAAGCAAGUUUUACAUGUUUUAGAAUCUUAAAUGCCUCUUUUAUCUCUACUUCAAGAGUCAUACAAUCUAUGACAAAAUAAAUCAAGUCAGGAUGAAAUUAAUAUAACCGUAUUUAAUUGGUUCAAGUAACCGACAUGUGUUUGUGCGAGUUAAAUAUUUCUAAGUCACAUGUAAUUGUCUUUACAUUCCAGAUGGUUUAUUAUGUAAUCAUUGUGAUGAUUAAUAUUAUUUUUGAUAUUUGUAAGUUUGAUAAAGGUGCAAUUUUAAUUUAUAGUUGAUAGACAUGUAAACAAUUGUUGACAAUCAUGAUAAUGAAAAUAAAUGUUUUUGAUUUUAA